CGGGGGCAGCCAGGCGCUGGUACCAAGCCCCGCUCUGCCUUGCAGCUGUGCUUGCAGAGAGGCUGACGGGAGGCAAUGCCGGUGCCACGCAACGCCAAGACACUGGGCACCAAGCAGCCCCGAGCGGGCAAGGCGGGCAGCGUGACAGAGAAUGGCAAACCUGAGAAGGAGGAGAGCUGUCAAGCGAAGAGGUCCCCGUCCUCUCCUCAAGGGGGGCCCAAGAAAAGGUCGGCAUUUGGGGACAUCACAAAUGCUCACAAAAGCCAGACAGUGAUGGGGAAGAAGGAAGCCGUGAAAGCUGGGCCACGUAAGGUGCAGAAGGCACCAGUUGUCCUUGGGGUUGCAAAGAACAAUGAGAUUAACCUGAAAAAAUCAAUGAGAAAAACUCCCCUGACAGAGACUCCUGCAGAGCCCAAGAAGGUUCCUGUGCCAGAGGAGCCUCAGCCUGUGCAGGUGCCAGCAGUAGAGGACAUAGACAAGGAGCAGCUGGGUGAUCCUUAUGCCAGUGCGGAGUACGCCAAGGAGAUUUUUGACUAUAUGCGAGAGAGAGAGGAGAAAUUUGUGCUCCCCAACUACAUGGAGAAGCAGCCAGACAUCAGUGGGGACAUGCGGGCCAUCCUGGUGGACUGGAUGGUGGAAGUGCAGGAGAACUUUGAGCUGAACCAUGAGACGCUAUACUUGGCUGUAAAGCUGGUGGACCACUAUCUGGUGGAGGUGGUGAGCAUGAGAGACAAACUGCAGCUCAUUGGCUCUACGGCCAUCCUCAUCGCCUCCAAAUUUGAGGUUGUGCCCUGGCAGGAGCGGUGCCCCCCAUGUGUAGAUGAUUUCCUGUACAUCUGUGAUGAUGCCUACAAGCGGGAAGAGCUCAUCGCCAUGGAGAUGAGCAUCCUUCGCACACUCAAGUUCGAUAUCAACAUCCCCAUCCCCUACCGGUUCCUGCGACGCUUUGCCAAGUGCGCCCGUGCCAACAUGGAGACCCUGACACUGGCCCGCUUCCUCUGCGAGAUGACCCUACAGGAGUAUGACUACGUCCGGGAAAGCCCUUCCAAGUUGGCGGCCAGCUGCCUGCUCCUGGCACUCACCAUGAGGAACCUCGGUGGCUGGACCCCCACACUGGAGUACUACAGUGGGUACUGCUCCCAGGACCUGCAUCCUCUAGUGAAGAGGUUGAACUUCCUACUCACAUAUCAACCCCAUGACAAAUUGAAGGCUGUGUGGACCAAGUACUCACACAGGGUCUUCUUUGAAGUUGCCAAGGCCACCCCCAUGGACAUGCUGAAGCUGGAGGAGAUACUGAAGAGCUAG